AAUUAAGAUGGCAAGACACAUAAGUAUAUUGAAGACCACAGAGGAACCUACAGUUGUGUUUGGUGCUCAGGAGUUUGCUUGUCUGUUUUGCUAUAAAAGAUCAGAUUAUGCAGGCAUCAUCAGCCACUUACAGAGCCACAAAAGGACAGUAGUUGUUCAUGGAGGUUUUAAAAUAUACAAGUGUUCACUGAACUGCCAGGGAUCAGGCCAUUACCAUUGCUGUUAUUGUCAGAAAACAGUAGUUCAUAAAGAUCAGUUCCUCAGGCACUUGUCAGAUUGUGGCAAAGGUCCUAAAGUGCUCCCUCUGCCCUCCAUGCCCAUGGCACCGGUCACCACCCAGCCUCUUCCCUCCAUGCCCACAGCACCAGUCACCACCCAGUCUCUGUCCUCUGUGCCCACGGCACCGGUCACCACCCAGUCUCUGCCCUCCGUGCCCACUGCACCAGUCACUGCCCAGCCUCUGCCAUCUGAGUUCAAGUUCUUUGUUCUUGAUCUUUGUUCAACUGUUCAGUCCCAGCGUUCAAAAGUUGUUCUUUUUUAUAUCUUUGUUCAUAUGUUCAGUUCACUCAGUUUGAACCUCAGCCCAAAUCUCCCAAAAUUAGCAUUUUAGCAGGACUGUUCCUUAUUUACUCUGUUAUUUCUGUUACCUAGUGAUGACUGCUGCCCAUUUGAACUAUU